CCGAAACGUCUGCAACGCCCACGGUAUAUUUGUCUCAGUACAAAAACAGGCGUCGCUGAGCCCGGAAACUGCCCACUAUAUGGCCGAGCAAGACCCGGGCAGAGGUCCGCCGAGCAAACGACGGAAACUCGACCUUGACUUCGCUUCCGAAGCUGGGUGCACGCCGCCGCCGACUGAUACCCAAGCUGCUGAAACAUUGGCCGGGCUAAACAGACCGAUUAGUCCGCCGGCUUCGAGGCGUAAGAGGUCGCGGACGCCUACGCCGGCGACUCCCCGAGUGGAAGCGGACGCGCACGUGACCAAACAAUCAGCGCUGACGCCACCCAGGGCCGCUCAAACGAACACGGGAGAGGAAAAAGAAGCGCAGACGAGAUAUGUUCCAUCACCCAUCCAACUCACGCGGAUUAGAGAUCUGGCUCCGCAUCAAAAUGUGGAUACGGUUGGGCUGAAGGAAAUCCUGGGUGAUCCGAUGAUUAAGGAGUGCUGGAACUUCAACUUUCUCUUCGACUUGGACUUUGUCAUGCAGCAGUUUGACCUUGAUGUUAAAGAUCUUGUCAAGGUUAAGAUUAUACAUGGGUUUUGGAAGAGGGAGGACGAGAGGAGAAUUGCGUUGAUGGAAGCUGCAGAACGCUAUCCCAAUGUCGAGCUCAUCAGCGCCUAUAUUCCGGACCCAUUCGGUACCCAUCACUCCAAGAUGCUGGUCCUCUUCCGGCACGAUGACCUGGCCCAGAUAAUCAUCCACACUGCCAACAUGAUCUCGCGCGACUGGGGCAACAUGACGCAGGCCGUAUGGCGGUCGCCUCUUCUCCCACUUGAGUCUCAGGAUCCAACAUCUCCAAAUGGCCAGACGGAGCCCGAAGCGCAUCCUAUCGGUAGCGGCGAGCGAUUCAAGACGGAUCUCCUCUGCUAUCUCAACGCAUAUGGGAAGCGACUACGCGGACUGACGAAGCAGCUUUCAGGCUAUGAUUUCUCUGCUGCUCGAGCUGCUUUCAUAGCAAGUGCGCCUUCUCGUCAGAAGCCUAGCACUGCGAAGUCUUCGAUACAGACUUCCUUUGGCUGGCUGGGGCUUCAGGAGAUCCUAUCUACAAUUCCCGUACGGAGAAUUGAGGAUAGUUCGCCACCAAAUAUCGUCAUCCAAAUUUCCUCUAUUGCGACAUUAGGCCAGGCUCCUACGUGGCUGACACACUUCCAAUCCGUGUUGAGCCGAUCGUCUUCUGCGUCGGCGACCCAGACGCGCACUGCAACAACUGCAGCGUCUCCUUCGAAAGCCGCUAACUUUUUCACUAAACGCGACAAGCCGGCUCUACAGUCGAACAUGCAAGCUCCGGAUCCGACCUUCAAAAUCAUAUUCCCGACGCCAGACGAAAUCCGCACCUCCCUUGACGGCUACAACUCAGGCGGCUCAAUCCAUACAAAAGUCCAAUCUGCCGCUCAGCAAAAGCAACUUCAGUAUCUUCGCCCUGUCCUCUGUCACUGGAAGUAUUCCCUUCAGGGCUCAGCAUCAGACGCAACACCAACUCGAAGGGAAGCACAUCGCGGCCCGGCAGCUCCGCAUAUUAAAACUUACAUCCGGUUUAGUGAUGCGGCGCACAAGUCGAUUGAUUGGGCCAUGGUGACGAGCGCAAAUCUGAGCACGCAGGCUUGGGGGCUGAUGGAGAACAAGAAAGAGGAAGUGUGGAUUCAGAGUUGGGAGACCGGUGUCGUUGUUUGGCCGCAGCUCUACGAGACCUCUGGAAUUGAUACGGUUAUGGUACCAACCUUUGGCAAGGAUAUGCCGGGUCCGGAGGACGGGUCUGCGGAAGAUGUGGCUGGGGAUGAGGGUGUACAAGGGGCAAUGGAAGGGGCGAAAAUAGUGGUAGGAUUCCGCAUGCCGUAUGACCUGCCUUUGUCACCGUACGACGCGAAUGAGGUUCCUUGGUGUGCUAGUUCAGCGCACGAGGAGCCGGAUUGGAAGGGACAGAAGUGGCCAGGCUACUAACCGAGUUAGCCGCCCCAUGGAAAGAGCAUCGGGAUUGAGAGGCAGAAUCAUGUGAACCGGUGGCAGGCAUUGCAGCAGCUACUUGUACCAUGUCAAUAGAGCACAGUCAAGU